AUGGGUUCACCUCGACCCAAAGUCACUACUAACUUAUGGGAAGAUGAAAACACACUCUGCUUCCAGGUAGAUGCCAAAGGUGUUUGUGUGGCGCGUAGACAAGAUAAUGAUAUGAUCAAUGGUACUAAGCUUCUCAACGUGGUUGGGAUGUCAAGAGGCAAGCGCGAUGGUAUCUUGAAAAACGAAAAGGGUCGCGUCGUUGUUAAAGUAGGCGCGAUGCAUCUUAAGGGUGUUUGGUAA